AUGCCUCGUGGUAAUUCAUCCUUCAGACAGCUCUAUGAAAAUCCGGGACCAUUCAGCGAUAUUCCUGAGGACUACUCACCGGCGCAAGCCGCUUCGGGUCUCAGUGAAUCCAUGAUAUUGGUUAUCGGUGCUGGAGGAUUGGGAUGCGAAAUACUCAAGAACCUAGCCCUCACGGGCUUCAAGAAUAUUCAUGUGAUAGACAUGGAUACGAUAGAUGUGUCCAACUUGAAUCGCCAGUUUCUUUUUAGAGCCAAGGACGUCGGCAGGUACAAAUCAGAGGUUGCAGCAGAGUUCGUGCGGGCACGGAUUGGAGAUCCUGAUCUAAGCAUUGAAGCACACACAUGCAAGAUCCAGGAUAAACCCAUUGAGUUCUACAAACAGUUUAAUGUGGUCAUCUGUGGUCUUGAUAAUAUUGAAGCCAGGAGGUGGAUAAAUGCGCUUCUAGUGGGGCUCGUGGAUGAUCAGCUCAACAACUUGAUUCCAUUGGUUGAUGGAGGAACGGAGGGUUUUAGAGGACAGGCCAGGGUGAUCAUGCCCAGGUUGAGCUCGUGCUUCGAAUGUUCCUUAGACAUGAUCUCACCCAAAGAAACAUACCCUGUUUGCACUAUCGCGAACACUCCCAGACUUCCCGAACACUGCAUUGAAUGGGCUAGUCAACUAGAGUGGCCUCGCCGUUUUCCGGGCAAGAGGUUCGACGCCGAUAUCCCUGAAGACGUUGAGACUAUGUUCCAAAUUUCCCUCGAAAGGGCUCGAGAGUUCGGUAUUGAGAAUGUCACCAAACAACUCACAUUGGGGGUUGUGAAGAACAUCAUCCCUGCAAUUGCAUCCACAAAUGCCAUCAUUGCUGCUGCUUGCACUAAUGAGGUGUUCAAAAUCGCAGUUGGAACAUACCCAAUUCUUGACAACUACAUGAUGUACUCGGGCGACGAUUCUAUUUUUACUUACACGUAUUCCCACUCAAAGCGGCCAUCUUGCGCCGUAUGCGGGACGCAAAUGAAGCGCAUCAAAGUGCCACGAUGGUGGAAGUUAUAUCAUCUAAUUGAAGAUUUGUCGGGAAGACAAGACGUCGCACUCAAGAACCCGUCAUUGGCAACGGCUCAAACAAAUCUAUAUUUCAGACAGCCGCCGUUCCUUGAGACGCAAACCAGGCCAAAUUUGGAAAAGCCGGUUGCAGAGCUCGUUGCCAUUAACGAAGAGAUUAUCGUGACGGAUCCAAGCCUCCCGAUAUCUAUUCUGGUGGUAAUCGAUGAAUUCGAGGGACCACUGGAUGAACCAAGUGACAUCUCGUCUCUCCUCAAAUCACAAGCUGUCUAG